UAUAUAUUUUUUAUAAUUUUUAUUAAUUUAAAUUAAUUUUUUUAAAUAAAAAUUGUAAUAGAAAAUUAAUUUAAGAAUUAGCACAUUAGCAAUUUAUUUUAAAAUUAAUUAGAAUAAUUAUUUAUUAUUGACUUAGACAGUCUAUGUUGGCAGUUAACGAAAUUAUGGAAUUAAGAAUGUAUGAAUGUAAAGAUAAAAUGGUUUUGCCUUUAAUUACUCGAAGGAAAAUAGAUAGGGACUAAUAGAAGCCAAAGAUAAAUUAGGUUGAGGAUUUAAAUGUAGGAAAAAAUGAAGUUGGGGGCUUAAAUGUAAAACGUGGAUGAAGUUGGGGAUUUUAUCUGUAAGUUGUUUUUUCCCCAUAAUGAAAAGUCUCUUUCGCCGUUUUUACACUGAGACGCCCCGUUCCACUCUCUGCCUCUUGCUCUCUCUCUCCAUCCCAACGGCGGCAACCACCGUUAUCGAUUUUGAAAUCCCCCCCCCCCCCCCAAAAAAAAGGAUUUUGAAACUGAUAAAAAAUGGUAUUAGGAUGCUUUACCCUUAAUUCGCCAAAAUGGCCACGCUCAAUUCUUCCUCUUUUCUUCAGGAGAUAGUUGCCUGAACAAAUGGAAAUUUCAACUCAAAGGGGGGUUUUCUUGCUUGUUACAAGUCCUGUGCUGAAGCUUACACCUUAUAAUCAAUUGCAAUUUCAAUCUCAAAGCCUCUGCUCUACGAGCAUCAGUGUAGCAUAGGAUCCUUACAUGGCUUCCAAGCUAAUGGGAAUCGCUUCCCAUGAAGCAGAAAAUCAAACAGAAUACUCUCUGAGACAAGCAUUUGAGCUGCUUGAGCCAGCGCUGAAACCCCCGUUUUCACUCGAUAUCCCAAAUUCUGAAGAGUACGUACAGCUGAACCGUGCAAUAGUUUAUGGGGUUUUAAGCGAACCUUAUUUAGCUAAAACCCAUAUUAAGCACCUACAUGCCAUUGUGACUGAUGGGUAUCGAUUGUUUGUUGGUAUGCUUGUCAAGGUUGUUGAUGAAUUGUACGUAAAACUUUUGGACACUGUGAAAGUUCAAUUGACUUGGGUUUGUAGAGAAAUGAUUGAUGUCUCCGCUGAUGGUUUUGAUGAUCUGCUAGUGUGUUUAUUGAGGCAGAUUGUUGGUGGAGAUUUUAGUGAUGGCAAUUUGUGGCUGUGUUAUGAGCUGUUGAAUGUAUUUUUGAUUAAAUGGGAUACUCUUUUAGAAGCAGAACCAAUGAUUUUAGCAAGCGCUUUAUACACUUAUCUUCGAUUAUUAGCUGAUCACUGUAAGUUAAUUCACAACACAAAAUACACAAAAUUAGAGGCAUUAAAGCGAUUGGAGAUUGAGUUUUGUGUUAGAGUGUUGAAGGAACAGUUUCAUUUGUGUCUGAAUAUUGGGAGAGAUCUCAUUCGUCUUUUACAAGAUUUGGUUCAUAUGCCGGAGAUUAGAGCUAUUUGGAAGGAUUUGAUAUUCAAACCAGGUGAGUUUAAGACUCCAGAAUUUUCAGAUAUUUCACAGCUUUAUUGCACCAGGACAUCUAGCAGGUAUUUUUUACUUCGGAUUACUCCAGAAAUGGAAGUUCAAUUGAGGUUUUUGCUGACACGUGUGAAGUUGGGCAGCCAAAAACGCCACCAAACAUGGUUUAGUAAGAAGUUUCUAUGUGGCCCAGAGAGGGAGACAGUGAUAAGUGACAUUGUUCGGUUUAUAUGCUGUGCACAUCACCCAACUAGAGAAAUUAUUCAGUCGGAAAUUAUUCCAAGGUGGGCGGUUGUAGGUUGGUUGCUCAAAUCUUGCACAAAAAAUUAUGUUGAAGCCAAUGCGAAGCUUGCUCUGUUCUAUGAUUGGCUCUUUUUUGAUGAUAAAGUAGACAAUAUCAUGAACAUUGAGCCUGCGGCUCUAUUAAUGGUAAACUCUAUACCAAGAUAUGUUGACAUGACACACACUCUUCUUGAGUUUUUGUUCCUUCUUGUGGACUUCUAUGAUGUGGAGAGGAGUGAUCUCAUAGUUAAAGGUGUCUCAUUAUCCUUUAAUUCCAUUGUACAGUUUCGAGUUAUUCACUCAUUAGAUGUCUUGUUUUCUUGUGCUGUACUUUCACCCGUUCUGAAAGAAAGAAUUGUAAGUCUUCUCUCUGCUUGGAAACUGGAAGUCUUUAAAGACUUGGAUUCAUCAAAUCUCCCCCAUAAAUCUGCAACACCUUCAGUAUGGAACGAUUCAUUUGAACUGGAAUCUCCAACACCAUCAGCAGAACAAGAACCUAUAUUUUCAAAGAAAGGUGGAUCUGUUGGCAAACUUUCUGAUGCUUCGGUUUUGACUCGAGAUAAUUCAGUAACUCCUUGUCAUCAAAUUAAUACUGUAGGGAAUUUGGUUGAUAGAUUUGAAGUGGCAUUUCAGACACCAAAUAUGUGUCUCAAGACUUUUGAACAAUUAUUAGCGUCUUUUGUAGAUCUUGAUAACCAAGGACCUAAAAGUGUUUCAACUCAGCUUGAAGUUUUAUCUUCUAAAAUAGUCAAGCUAUUAGAACUAAAGGGUUACAAACUAUUUCCUCCAUUGGAAUUUCUUCAAGACAAUCCUGAUUACGAUGAUGAGAUAGGGUCUCCUACUGCCUUAAUAAUUCGAUUCUUUGUCUUUUCUCAGCAUCAAGGGAUGCAAGAAAUGCUUUUAUUGUGGGAAGGGAAUGGUUUUCCUGUUGGAGCACGGUUAUUAUCAUAUGCAUCACGACUAGCUUAUGAGGAACAAGUGACUAAUUGCUCCGUAGAUGAAAUGAUUGCUAAUGAAUCUGCUAAAGAGUGUAAAUCGAACAUGAACUUACUUUCUUUUCAUAUUAAUGGCUCUCGUACUUUUUUGGAUGCCAAAGGAGAAGACUUCCAUGAAAUGGUGAAUCAUAGUCCUAAAGUGAACAAAACACCCAUCUCAAAGUUGGUAAAUAGUGCUUUUGUUGCUUACAGAUGUUUCCUUGUCAAGAAGAUUUCUAUGUUAUCAAAAGAAGAUACAUCUUUGCGGAAACUCUUUUAUUCUGACAUAAUCUCUUGUUCUGGAUGGGGGAAGAGAAAUUUAAAAAACAUGUUCUGUGGUGUCUUCUGUCAUCUUUCAGAUUUAUCAGUUGGUGAAGAAGACUUAAUCAAGUUAGUUGUGGAUCAACUGGAUCACAAUCAUCUUCUUGACAUCCAAUUUGCGAUUAGCCUGAAGAAAUUCUCCAUAUUUGGCAAGAAUAAUGAAACUAUUUCCAACAUUAUUAAAAGUUCUUUGAAUUGGGGCUGUCUGCUGCAGCAUAAGUUAUGGGGCUUGAUUAGAUCAGAGUUUUCAGUUUCCCAAAUUAAAGUGGAGAAGAUAAUUAUGAACUUCUUUUGCUCAUUUGCUGAAUUAGAUGAAAAUACAGGUGCCAUAGCAGUUGGAGGUCUUUUGACACUGUGUAGUUGUUGUACACCCACGCCUGAGCUAGUUGAAACCAUCAUGUCAUUACCUAAUAGUGCUUUCCAAAAUUUUGGGGGUGCUGUUCUGGCUACGUGGGCUGCUUCUGAUGCCUCGAUGUUAUUUGAUAGUGUGGCUGUUUUUUCAGAAAAACUUGGUAGCCACACUGAGGUUAUGGAUAAUACAGAUGGAAUUAUGAUAAACCAUUCUGCCAUAUUGUGGUUACUAGAUUAUUUUAGUGCACAUGGCUUAAGUAAUGCUGAUGUGUUAAGUAACUUCUCUAGAAAUAUUUCAUGCAAAAACACAAGGAACCUGCUUUGAUGGAUGUAAACUAAUGGCCUAUCUUCCGAUGGGAUGACAUGACUUUCUUGCAAAAAAGGACUUUGGUUGGCUGUAUAUGACUCAGUUUGAGAGAGAAGUAGUGCCUCAAAUUUCAGUUACUACUGGUGUUGCAAAUGUUGCUGCAUCCUCUCAUGGGAUUGGUGACAAUUGAGUUCAAACCAGUUGAACACCCAAAUGAGCCACAUAAUGAUAGGCCGAUUUAAUCCCCAUUACAUGAUCCUUCGAUUAUUAAAAAUGGAAGAAUAUGGCAGGAGCAGAUCAGGGAUCUGCAUCAGUCUUGAGAUAAGGCAAGUCGCUAGUGUUGAAGGAGAGUUUCUUGAAGCUGAGGAUGCUGGGAUGUAACCCAACACAAGCACAAGCACAAGCACAACCAACGACUAUACCAUUUCUGAGUGCCCCUGAACAAAGUCUCUUAAAACCUGCUUGAAGAAUGAUGCAUCUGGAAUCUGAACAAAAUCUUGGUACAUGUCUUCUUUAGGGGAAGGAUAUUAAUUGAAGAUUUCCAUUUGCAUACAUUAAUGAUAUACAAAAAUUUAGAUGGAUGUAGCUUUUAACCUUUUUUUUUUAUUUAUGAUUUGGAGCUUACCAUUGGUUGGGAGUUGUAACUUGUAUUUUUUCUCUUUUCAGUCAAAAUUAUUUUUGACCAAAUAAAAUUAUGUUUACUAA